GCUGUGGUCGUCUCAGCAGUGUUAUUUUUUAUUAUAUGUGUGUGCUCGACGUUUUUUUUUAUUAUUAUUAUUAUACCCACACGAUUCGGUGCGGUUUAUGCCAAUUUUGUGGGUUUUUUUUUUUAAAUUCAAAAUUUACCCCUCCGAGUGCGUCGACCGGGCGAAAGAGGACUUUUUUUUUCAAAGGUUUAACGUUUAAAAAAACGCGGUAAGUGCUUUUUUGGCAGAAAAAAAUGGAAUAAAAAAACCGACAAGCUCAGCCCCAGGUCGUCCUGCCCCCUUAAGGGCUUUUUCGAGUACAAAUGCGAAACACUUGUGGACUGUGAUGCGAUUCAAUUGCUGUUGGCGUUAUUAAAAGACAUCAGGCGCAGCGAUGGCAACAGAAGAGAUCACAGUCAACCAUUAUGAUCCAUACAGGGAAAUGGAAACCUAUCUGGAAAAAGUGGCUGAGGAGCUCGAUGAAGUGUUCGACCAGUGGCCCGGAAGCAAGCCGGAACCGCCCGGGAAACUCACGGCCAACAACUGGCCUCCGGGGCAAAGCGAUAAUGCCAAAGACACUUGUUGUUACCCGGACAAGCACCGUUACUCGGCAAACGAUUUCCGGGGUGGUUUCGACGACGUCAUCCUAGAACUACAGAUACCCGAACGGAUCAUUUGCCAAGCAUGCGCCCAAGUGACGACAAACGGUGACGUCAAUUCCGGAGACAGCUGUGGCCGCUAUUCGAAUACCAUGCGAUACCGUUUGUCGCCUACCAAGCGGAAACGAUCAAGAUCCAGAUCAUCGGAUCGAGGUAAAAUCCAUCAGCUGCCCGGCUGUUACGAUGACAGGUCGGCCGUACUGCUCAAAGUCAAAGUUUUGGACACACCGCCGGCACCGGUUCGCAGUUCGUCUCUCAACCGUUUCCAAACCAUCAUAGCCCAACAGCGCAAACAAUUGGAGCGCCAAAACAGCGACGGGGCUCAGCUGGAAGCGGCCACGCAGACUUCACCGACUUGCAGCAGGUCGUCUAGUUUCACUUGGCUCUCCGACGACCGUUCUGGCAAUUGCUCCUCGGCCGAGGAGGAAGCCAGGACCCCUUGCAGUUCCACCGAUGACUCCGCGGCCGAUCAACCCAUCAGUUGCGGGUCUUCCACCGGUUCGUCGUCGGUCACUCCGCCGGGCAGAUCCGACGAACCCGAAUCCGGCAUAGGAACGGCAUCGCCACCACACCACCGUUACUCAAAAUCUGGCAACCAGAAAUGUCGAAAGAAAGAGACGUGGGAGCGACUCCAGAGGAGACACGCGGACAGGUGUGCGUCGACCAAGACCGCGUGGGCGCCCAAAGACCAGUGUACCAGUGUCGCCGACAAACCUUCCAGGCCUAACCGUUUGCCUUUGACCAGCGAAAGUCAAUCGUCCGAGAAGAUCCCGUACCAGCUGCCCAGCCCCAGUGCUAUCUCGCUCAAUGGCGGUGCCGGUGACUUGUCUACAGAAUUGGCAUGCAAAAGCUCCUCCGCUCCUCAUUUGAUCAAGUCCUGCGCCAAAACGCUGCCCAAGAACAGCAACGACCCGUCUUCUCCGGAUUGGAAGCAGCCCAGAUGCCAUUCGGACCGGUAUCUAGCAGAAAUCGAAGCCAAAGAAGCGUGUAAAUGGCUCAGGGCAGCUGGGUUUCCACAGUACGCGCAAAUGUAUGAAGACCUGCAGUUCCCCAUAGACGUGAACGGCGUGCAAAAGGACCAUCCGUUUCUUGAUUUGGACUCGUUGCAGUCGUUGUUCCGAAGGUUACAUGCCCUCAACCGUUGCGCCAACAUGAAGCUGGAUUUCGUGCCCAAACACACGGCGGACGAUUCGGACUCGGAGGGAGAAUGCGCUCUGAGCGAGAACUGGACGUUCCAGAGGGAAUCGCGCCGCUGGUCCAGGGUGGACGAUAUCGCCAACACCGUGGCGGCGAUACCCGGCGACACGCGGCAAUCGCAGCAGCCGCGGUACGCCGUGGACGACGGUUGUUCGCUGAUAGCCGUCCGGGUGUCGGCCGCGCAAGACGUCGAUUUGUCGUCGUCCGACGGACACCAACAGCAACAACAGCCGCCGGACGCCGCCGGCACCAACAACAACAACAACAACAACAACGGCUGCUGUAAGUACGGCGGCGGCGGCGGCUUGACACUUCCUUCGACCGGAAUCGUGUCGACGGAACCGACGGCGGCGGCGGACGCGCUGGGCUCGCGGUUCCGGCGGUCGGGCAGCGAACGGCUGCGGGACGGCGCCAAAGCCAUCUUGCGGCGCGUGGAAAGCUUGAAGACCCGGCGGCGGAAGCAACGCAACCGCGACGGCGUGGUCAUCGGAGCGCCUCAGAUCAUCGAUGUAGCAUCAAUGCAGAUAAAGAUGAAAGAGUUGAACUGCGUGGAUGUAACACCCCCCGACUCGCCAAUGGCGGACGACAUCAAUGCCAAACGGUUCUUGGCCAAACCCGAAUCCUUAGACUCGUUGGCCUACUCAGAUUCGGAUUUGUCUUGGAGAAACGAAUACACCGACGCAAAUAGCAAUAACACAAAGCCACUUCUCGAAUUCAUGACCUUCGACGGUAGUAACGGGUUUUCAUCUCCGAACAACAGCCAAGACGGUCGGACAUACAAAAACAAAGACAACGACAGCGUCGAUUCGAUUUCUAGUGCGGUUCAAGAUAGCGAUCAAGAGCUGACGCCUAAAUCAAAGAGGUCUGUGGUGCGAUGGCAUAGCUUCCAAAAGACUAGAUCCCGGCCCGAUUCGUUGGCCGGACAUACCAUUGGGUCUCUCACCGUCGGCCAACUGUUGGUUCUGCGCAAAUUGGCUCUACUCAAGCUUACGGCUAUCAUGGAACGGUAUUGCCCGACUCACCGGACCGGUUGGAACUGGGAGCUACCCAAGUUUAUGCGCAAAACCAAAUUACCAGAUCCUAAAGACAAGACUGUAUUCGGAGUGCCGUUGAUCACAAACGUCCAGAAGAACGGAUCGGCGUUGCCGCCUUUCAUACAGACGGCUUUUCGGUGGCUCGAAGACAACGCUCUCGAACAAGUGGGAUUGUUCAGGAAACCGGGGGUGAAAUCUCGAAUACAGCGCCUAAAACAGUUGGCCGAAUCCGACCCGGACAACGUCAAGUUCGAGAACCAUCAGGCCUACGACGUAGCCGACAUGGUCAAACAGUACUUCCGCGAAUUGCCGGAAGCCCUGCUCACGAACAAGUUGUCGGAGAGCUUUAUCGCUAUUUUUCAACACGUUCCUGUGUACUUGCAAAAAGAAGCAGUUCACUGCACGGUUCUGUUAUUGCCGGACGAACACCGGGAAGCCCUGUACUCCCUGCUGGACUUCUUGUUCCGCGUGUCAUCCAAGAGCGACGUCAACCAAAUGUCUGCCAGCAACCUCGCCGUGUGCCUAGCGCCGUCUUUGUUCCACUUGGGCAACGGCAGUUCGCACGGUAGUUCUGGUUCGACGCCGUCCAGUCCGGGAGGCUCUCAAAGGUCGUCAUCCGUAUCGCCACGGCGCAACCAGACCAACAUGGGCUUACCGGACUCCAAACAACUUGGACAAAACAAAUCGGCUCACGACUGUCUGCUAUUCCUCAUCAAGCAGUAUAGGGAGCUAUAUGUGAUGUCCGAAGACAUUAUGAGCCAAUGUCACUUCAGCUACAUGGACGAGAGCAUCCCGAUAAAUCUGGAAGAUCUCGGAGCUGAAAUGGGCCACGACUGGAAGGGUUACUUAAACGUAUGCACCAACGCUCUCCUCAAAGAAGUCAAAGACAAAAACAGAGGUUGGGUCUCGAUGGGAAGCUUCGAGAACGUCGACAUAUCCUACAAAAAAGUCGGAGACGGACAUCCGUUGAGACUUUGGCGCGUUUGCACCGAAGUCGAGGCGCCACCCACCGAGGUGCUUACUCGCAUACUCUGGGAACGACAGGUCUGGGACAAAGAACUGGUCUCGGCGCGAGUGGUGAUGAAAAUGGACACGCAAGCGGAACUUUACCAGUACACAAACACUACAAUGGAACCGCAUUUGAUCAAAGACUUUUGCGUGAUCCGGUCGUGGAGGACCGAUUUGAAUAAAGGCGGUUGUGCCAUCGUCGAGACGUCCGUCGAACAUCCGGAUGCCAAAUUACCAAAAGGCGCGGUUCGCGGUAUCGUCUUGGCUUCCAGAUAUCUGAUAGAGCCGUGCGGUUCUGGCAAGUCUAGAGUGUUGCACCACUCCAGGGUCGAUACAAAGGGCAGGACCUGCGACUGGUAUAACAAAAUAUUUGGCCACAUCACUUCGAAAUACCUGUCGAAAAUCCGAAAAUCGUUUCAACACUCGGCCGAAGGACCCGAGAGUAAAGUUUGAUGUACAAAAAGUGUUGUAUUUAUAUUCUUAUAUUAUUAACUAUUAUUAUUGUUAUAUUUUGUAAAUAUCUAUUGUUAUAUCUUUCGUUGAUUCACCUACCUAUAGAAUAUUAUGCAGGUACCACCAUUUACUUCCACAUACAUAUUCUGGUUAUUUUUUAUUUUUUUAUUUCUGUAACCAAGAUGAUGAAAAAAACAAAACAAUUAAAUACCCCCAUUGUUAUAACAAGUUAGACUGAUCAUUUAAGAGUGCACUAACGUUUAAUAGAAUUAUUCCUUAUAUAUAAAUAUAUCAUUUUAUUCUCAUUCAUAUAUAACUUUAUAUUAUUAUAUUUAAAAAUACACAAAAAAAAUCGAUUCCGCCUGAAACGUUAUUGCGAUAAACCUCUUUGUUUGUACUCAAUUGAGAUGUGAAUUACAAUAAUUGUUUUAAACGUACCAACUAUAGUUCCUAUAAUACCUAAAUAAUAUGAUUCGCAUGUUAUAAUAUAUUUUACGUUUACUUGUUUCAUUAAAAUUAUACUUUAUCGAACACAAAUACCUACUACGUACCAUUACUUAUACAAUAUAUAUAAAUAAUACUUGGGACCAUUGUUGUCAUUUGUUAACACAUCACAUGGAAGAGGACUUAUACUUAAUCUUUAUAGAAGUUCGGUAAGUUGAUUACCAAUUAUUUUUAAGCGAUUGAACUUUAAAAAUCUGUAAAAAAAAAAAUGUUUAAAAAAUACUAUUUAUACAAAUAAUAUUAUAUUAAAUU